AUCUUUGAAGAGCGCAGUCGACGCUAAUGAGCCUUUUAUACAAACAAUUCCUUUUUGAUAUUUCUGUCAGUCACCGGCGCAGUUGUUUCCUUUUUCUAUUUUGAAAUUCGUAAAUCGAGAUUUUGCUUGGCGGGAAUUGUGAGAGAGACGAAGACGAGGUUUUAUUUCCGGAGAUUUGUUUUUUUGGUGUUGCUGAUUCCGACGAUCGGAGUGGAAGGUGUUUGACUUGAUUAGGGCGUGUUUUUGGGGCUGAGGAAUAAUGGGUCGCAGUUCGAAGAAAAAGAAGAAACGAGGAGGUAGCGGGAGAAGGGGUCAGCUCAAGGACCAUGGAUCUAAUGCUGAUGAAGAUAAUGAACUUCUAUCUGAGGAAAUCACUGCUCUUUCUGCAAUAUUUCAAGAAGACUGCAAAAUUGUUUCAGGUUCGCCAUCGCCUCCUCAAAUAGUUAUUAAACUCAGGCCUUACUCGAAAGAUAUGGGAUAUGAGGACAUUGACAUCUCUGCUAUGCUUUUAGUGAGAUGCUUACCAGGAUAUCCUUACAAAUGCCCAAAGCUGCAGAUUACUCCAGAACAAGGGUUAACAACAGCUGAUGCUGAGAAGCUUUUAUCUCUUCUCGAGGACCAGGCAAAUUCCAAUGCUCGUGAAGGUCGGGUUAUGAUAUUCAACUUGGUGGAGGCUGCUCAAGAGUUUUUAUCAGAAAUACUUCCGGAAAGUCAUGAUAAGGAAACUGUUUCAUGCUUGUCUGCACAUCGAAGCGCUCAGUUCAUUGAGCAACCUAUGCUAUCAAAUAAAGCAAAAUCGUGUUCUGGUGGACCUUUUGUGUAUGGUUUUAUAGACCUAUUUAGUGGCUUGGAAGAUGCUAGGGAUUGGAGUCUAACUCCAGAUGAGAACAGGGGAAUCACAUCUCCAGUACAAUCCCACCCACUAGACACCUCAAGAAUUUUGCAUGAGAAGGACAAGAACCUGAAGCGAUUGGAAGACCAUGCUAAAGAAGAAGCUGUACUGCCUGCUCCCAUUGCCAAACUAAAUACAGUUCAAGAGGAUUACGUUAAUGAUACAAGCAUCUCUUCUUUUGAGUCAAGUAAAUCUAUUGACGAUGUGGAAUCUGGAUUUAUCCAAAAUGAGAAGAAGGAAUCAAAUCUUCAAGAUGAUACAGCUGAAGAUGACAGCAGUAACUCUGAAAGUGAGUCGCUGGGUUCAUGGUCCUCUGAUUCCUUAGCUCAAGAUCAAGUGCCUCAAAUUAGCAAGAAAGAUCUGUUGAUGGUCCAUUUACUUAGAGUAGCUUGCACUUCCAGAGGACCUUUGGCUGAUGCAUUUCCUCAGAUAACUGAUGAACUGCAUCAGCUUGGUCUAUUGUCUGAAGAAGUGUUGGAUUUAGCUUCCAAAUCAUCUCCAGACUUUGAUAGAACCUUUGAACAUGUAUUCAAUCAAAACAUGGCCUCAACCAGAGUUCCUCAGUUUUGGGAGCCACCUUCUGAUUUUGGCGAGCCAAAUGCCUCACUCCCAAGCUCACGGUAUCUCAAUGAUUUCGAAGAGUUGAAACCCCUUGGCCAAGGUGGAUUCGGCCGCGUUGUCUUGUGCAAAAAUAAACUGGAUGGAAGACAAUAUGCAAUGAAGAAAAUUCGACUGAAGGACAAAGAGAUACCUGUCAACAACCGGAUACAGCGAGAAGUGGCAACACUUUCACGUUUGCAGCAUCAGCAUGUUGUACGUUACUAUCAGGCCUGGUUCGAAACAGGAGUUGCUGAUCCUUAUGCUGGUGCGAAUUGGGGAUCAAAAACUGCAGGGAGUUCAAUGUUCAGUUACUCGGGUGCAGUGUCAACUGAAAUUCCUGAGCAGGACAGUAAGCUUGAGUCAACUUAUCUAUAUAUUCAAAUGGAAUAUUGUCCCAGGACUCUCCGCCAGGUUUUUGAAUCAUAUAAUCACUUCGACAAAGAUUUUGCGUGGCAUUUAAGUCGCCAAAUUGUAGAAGGCUUAGCUCAUAUCCAUGGACAAGGAAUAAUUCAUCGUGAUUUUACACCAAACAAUAUAUUCUUUGACGCCCGGAAUGAUAUCAAAAUUGGGGAUUUUGGUCUUGCAAAGUUCUUGAAGCUGGAACAGUUGGAUCAAGAUGGGGGUUUCUCUACGGAUGUGGCUGGAAGUGGGGUUGAUAGUACUGGUCAAGCUGGUACGUACUUUUACACAGCACCUGAAAUUGAGCAAGGUUGGCCUAAGAUUGAUGAAAAGGCCGACAUGUAUAGCUUAGGGGUUGUGUUCUUCGAGCUUUGGCACCCUUUUGGAACCGCCAUGGAGAGACACAUUACUUUAACUAAUCUGAAGCUGAAAGGAGAACUACCUCUCAAAUGGGUAAAUGAAUUUCCCGAACAGGCUUCUCUACUGCGGCGUUUAAUGUCUCCAAGUCCAUCUGAUCGUCCCUCUGCCACAGAACUUCUUCAGCAUGAAUUUCCCCCCAGAAUGGAAUCUGAGUUACUAGAUAAUAUUUUAAGAAUAAUGCAAACUUCUGAAGAUUCAAGUGUUUAUGAUAGAGUAGUAAAUGUGAUAUUUGAUGAAGAAGUACUAGAGACGAAAUUCCAUCAGUCUAGUAGAGCAACACUAUGUGCAGAUGAUAGUUAUGUUCAAUACACAGAGAUGGAUACAGAGCUUCGUGAUUACGUUGUUGAAAUCACAAAGGAAGUCUUUAGGCAGCAUUGUGCGAAACAUCUAGAGGUCAACCCAAUGCGUUUACUUGGUGAUUGUCCCCAAUUUAGCAGGAAAACUGUAAAACUUUUGACCAAUGGAGGAGAUAUUCUUGAACUAUGCUAUGAGCUACGACUGCCUUUUGUGCAUUGGAUUAACAUAAAUCAGAAAUCCUCAUUCAAGCGAUAUGAAAUAUCUCAUGUCUACAGGAGAGCAAUUGGCCAUUCCCCACCAAAUCCAUGUCUUCAGGCGGACUUUGACAUUGUUGGAGGCACACCAUCCCUGACGGAGGCAGAAGUUCUCAAGGUGAUAGUGGACAUCACAACCCAUAUAUUUCAUCGCGGCUCUUGUGACAUUCAUUUGAAUCAUGGUGAUUUGCUAGAUGCGAUUUGGUCCUGGGCAGGAAUUAAGGCAGAACAUAGACGAAAGGUUGCAGAGCUCCUUUCCAUGAUGGGAUCCUUGCGUCCUCAGUCAUCUGAGCGGAAGCUAAAAUGGGUUUUCAUAAGGCGUCAACUUCUGCAGGAGUUGAAGUUACCUGAAGCUGUUGUCAAUCGACUGCAGACUGUUGCUUCAAGGUUUUGUGGAGCUGCAGAUCAAGCUCUUCCUCGUUUAAGAGGGGCUCUGCGUGCUGAUAGACCUACACGUAAAGCACUAGAUGAGUUGUCAAACCUCUUAACCUACCUGAGAGUCUGGAGGAUAGAAGAGCAUGUUCAUAUUGAUGUUCUGAUGCCACCUACUGAAAGUUAUCACCGGAAUUUGUUUUUUCAGGUUUUCUUAACCAAAGAAAAUAGCUCUGGGACAUCUAAUGAUGGUGUUUUACUUGCUGUUGGUGGUCGUUAUGAUUUUUUGGUGCAGGAAGUGUGUGAUCGUGAAUAUAAAAUGAAUCUCCCUGGCGCUGUUGGCGUUAGUCUUGCACUGGAGACAAUAUUUCAGCAUCUUCCUAUGGAUCUAAGGCCUAUUAGAAAUGAAGUCAGCACCAGUGUACUUGUUUGCUCAAGAGGAGGUGGUGGAUUACUGGUCCAACGCAUGGAGCUAGUUGCGGAACUAUGGGAAAAAAGUAUUAAGGCUGAGUUUGUUCCAACACCUGAUCCAAGUCUUACAGAGCAGUAUGAAUAUGCAAACGAGCAUGAAAUCAAAUGUCUGGUGAUCAUCACAGAGUCUGGAGUGGCUGAAAGACAAAUAGAGUUUGUAAAGGUUCGGCACCUUGAAUUGAAGAGGGAGAAAGUGGUAGAAAGAGAACAACUUGUCAGAUUUCUUGUGAGUGCAAUGGCUGUCCAAUUUAGAAACCCCUCUGUUUGGAGCUAAAGAGUUGUAAAGUUAGAGCCACUUUUGUUUCCCACUUUGUGCUUUGCAAAAUUACUAUUUUGUCACUCGAGUCACAAAUUUUGAUCAUUUACAUACAAUCUAUUCUUUCUUUUUGGGUAAAAAUAGAAUUACAAAUA